AAACGUUGAAGCGUAUUCUGCGAAACGGUUAUGCAGGACUGUACGAUACGGAUAUCGGUUUCUAUUAGGAGCAAAUGCCAAAACCGAUAUUCGUUUUGUAAGCUACGGAUUUUUUUUAGAGAGUAGUCGCAGAAAUAGACAGGACAGAGAGAAUAUGUAAGCACAACAGCUAAACACCAGAUAACGCAUUUCCUAAUUUUCUUGGUCUUCCGCGUCGUUAAAUCAUUUAUCGUCGAUAAAUGAUUUCAUAUCAUUUUUAUCAGAAAAUUCUUCUACAAAAUUCCACUCUCUCCGAGCCAUGGUUUAAAGUUAAAGUUUAGUUAAAGUAAGUUUUAGUUGAAAGUUUCUUUCUGAUUUCAUUUACAUAGCAAAACAUUCGAUUUUCCAUCGGGCUGAAAAUAAGAGAAAAAAAUACAUAUUCUGAUUUGCAAUUUCACAAGAAUUCCGAAUAUGCUACCCGUUUUCUUGGACAACUCUUAGUUUUCGAGAAAGAGGCGAAAAACUGUUUUUGCGUGGAAACUAGCGCUUUUUAUUCUAUUCUCCCAUUUUUCUCCGUUCUGGAUAUAUUCUUUUUUUCUCUGAUUUUUCUUAUUUUCAUGUUAUCAGAAUGAAGAGACAGAACGAAAAACAGAAUAUUCAUGUAUAGAACACUGAUUAUGUAUAGACAGUUACAUUUUAGUGUGAAUGUUCAUACUCUUCAAUUCACAAAAUCACUCACUAUGAAUUUAAUACACUAUCAACUUGAUUGCUUUUCUCUAAUAUUUAAGCCGAACUAAAAGCAACCUUUUCCGAAAAAUUCAGCGAAAGAGUACAUGCUCUCUUUCGCUGAAUUUUUCUCCUUCAUGGAUGAGAAACACUGCAAUUAAGCAAAGAAACUUUCAUGCACUUACUCUUUUUCCCCUGAUAGUCAAUAUAAUUUACAGGGUAGAAAUUAAACUACUCAACAUAAAGUAAAAUCUGUAUUCUACAUAACGGUAGUGAGCAAUGUUCACAACAGUAUCCCAGUUUCGAAAGUUAUUUUAAUUUAAUGUUUCACAUGAGUACUGCAAACUGCAUUAAUACUGAACUUGGGAUAUUUUCUAAUGAAUAGAAAGUGACGUCGAUAUUCCGCUGUUGCAUCAGCUUAGGUGUGUAUUACUCAAAAUUUUAUUUUAAUGAUUUUUUAUAUUGAACAUCAUUCUUUUUCACCACGGUUAACUCAAACAUCAAAGAUGACGCUUGUAUGUUUUGUUGCAAUGUGUUGAUCUUGUUUUGUUCUGUUCGAAUUUACUUUUCUGCUCGCUCGUAUUUUAUGCGCAUAGAACACCUUUUCUUUCGAAACAAGAAAUACGAAAAGAAGAAAUUUUCAUUUUUAUCGAUGUUCAAUAUAUUGACUAUCAGGGCAAAAAGAGUCAGUGUAGACAUUGUGUGUAAGCAAUGACAAUUAUGAUAAUGCAAAUUACAAAAAAACGCGAUAUUUCAAAAAAGCAAAAAUAUUAUGGUAAACACUGAAGAGCUGGUGUAUGAGGAUUUAGGUAGGAAGCGAGAGAUAACCUUCAAUAACAGUAAUUAUUUGAUGAUAUUGCAUUUUUCUCCGGAAGCGGUAAAAUAGAGAUAUGACUUUUGUUAUUUAGUUUUUCUUCAAAUAUUAAAUAUUAUGGUGAAAACUGAAGAGCUGGUGUAUGCGGAUUUAGGUAGGAAGCGAGAGAUAACCUUCAAUAACAGUAGGCUCAAUCCAUUUGAAACCUACCAUAUUAUACUCGACCAAGUGCGCUUCGUUCAAAGCCACAUUUCUGAUGCAGCUUUGCACGCUAAUUCCGAAGGUUAAACCGCUGGUUUCUGGCUGGUUCGCAAAAAGUUAUGGGCAAUGAAACUCAAUAUUGAACAAUUGUCGACAACAGUUAAUCGAAUCAACCAUGAAAUUUAUCAACGAUCACAUUUCAGUUUCGAGAUGCAAAACUGAAUCUGUACCCUAGUGGAAGUACUCAUACGAUGAGUACGACUUUACUCAUAAUUCGUCCAUGAGUACUCAUAUUGGUACUACUAACAAUUUCUGAGUAUUGUUACUCAGUGAGUACUCAGUUACUCAUGUGAGUACUCAGGAAAUGUUCAUUCACCAUUUUAUUUUGCUAAACUGAAACUGUAUAAAGAGCGUAGAAUUUAGUGAAGAAACAGAGAAUAUUUAUAUUAUUAUUUUCUCACUGGUCUCUCUUUAUAUAGUGAGAGAUAGACUUGUAGUCCUACUCUGGCUACCUGAGAUCACUCCUCUAUGUGGAAAUAUCAGAUGAACAAUACUCAUGAGUAUUUUGCCAAAAGUGGUAUGAGUACUCAACAAUACCCAAGCAGGAGUACUCAAAGUCGUACUCAGAGUACUUGUUACUCACUCAUGAGUACUCAGAUGAGUACUCAGUGAGUAAAAAAAUGUAUGAGUACGUAUGAGUACUCGUCCGGUUUUUCUAGGAGAGUACUUUUUGAGUACUCACACUUGAGUACAUUCACUAGGGUAUUAUCUUCAAUCCCACAUUUGAAAAGAUUUGAAAUUGAAGCUGAAAUUGAUAAGAAAUUAAAACCAUUUAUUGAAAGUUCAUGGUGUGAAUUAAUUCGUCAUACAAUCAACGCAAAAAAAUCACGAAAAACUUCACAAACAUCAUCAUCAUCAAACAAAAACAAGCUUUCAUUACCUGAUUCAUCAUUUCCAACGAUUAAUCACUUUUUAUCGACAACAUCUAUUAUAACAACAACAAAGCUGCAAAAAAAUAUUAAUAAUAAUAUUAAUAUUAAAAAGAGCCAAGAUAAAAAAUCUCGUCAACCUAGAAAAACACAUUUUAAUCAAGAUACUCAACAAGUUAGUCGGUCAACCUCAACUUCUGUAAACCGACGACAACAAUCUUCUGAUAAAAAUCAACAACAGCAACAAACCAAAAGAGCAUCAGUUAAUGGACGACGACAACAAUCAUCGGUAACAACAAAUAAACAACAGGGUCGUACACCAUAUGAUAGAAGAAAUAAUAAUUACUAUUAUAACAGCGAUUAUUCAUAUAACUAUCCUAGUUAUUCUUAUGAUCGAUAUCGAUCAACGUAUUAUCCGUCUUGCUAUAAUAAUGAAUACGAUAAUAACAACUCUUAUUACUAUUAUCGUUCUUCUUAUUAUCCUCGUCACCGUCGUCUCAACAACGAUAUGAAACAAUCGUUCAUUUAUUAA